AGUCAAGAAACCAAUCUUGACAGAAGAAGUACCACGAACACGGAGGAUUGCAGUCGCUGCUGAAACCAGUCAAGUCAACUUUUUCGACGGAUUAAUUGCUUCCUCCUUUGCGUCGUGGUGUACCCAUUGGUAUAUUUCUAGUGUAUCUAAAGAUCUCCGUGCAUCAAGUAGAAUAGAAACUAGCAAUGUGGAAACCGUUCGAUUUAGCGCUUCUUUCACUUGGUGUGAUAUUACUUUCUAAUCAGAUCUCCCAAACCAAUGCUCUACUGAAAAGAUGCUACCAAUGCAGAUCGCGAGGCGAGCUCGGGAGUUGCAAGGACCCGUUCACGUUCAAUGCAACCCAGGCGGAAAAUGAACGUGGCGUGACGGCCGUUCCGUGUGCUUCCGGUUGGUGCGGAAAGGUGAUCGAGGGUCAAGGAUCGUUCAGGGAAGAUGAUUACGACAUGGCCACACAGCGAAUGUGCGUACAGCGGGGUCCAUCGGAUUCGGAGGAUCGGUGCGCCUACACUGUGUACAACUACAAAAAGGUCUACAUGUGCUUCUGUCAAGGAGAUCUGUGCAAUGGUGCUAUGAAUUUAAGGAUAUCUUCAAGCUUUGCAAUGAUAUGUGUUGUACUGAUUGGGACACUUUCAACGCUGAUUAGAUUUCACUGAUGGUUGUAUCUAGAUAAAAACUGCCCAAGUUUAUAAACAAAUCAAAAGCCGUACAUGCGAGAACCGUCCAGCAGAGAUUGUGUAGUAUAAAUGUAUAUUUAUUUCUAUUGUGUUCGAUGUAUUUAACAACUGAAACCGUGAAAAGCUUCCUAUAAAUCUGAAUAAACUU